UGCUCGGUAGCGGUCUCCGCAGCCAGGAUUGGCGCCCGCGCAGGGGCCUUCGAGCCCCGCCCGUAAAGCCCCGCCUGUAAAGCCCCACCCGGGUGCGCGGGCAUGGCGGCCAGCCUGUGGAUGGGAGACCUGGAACCCUACAUGGAUGAGAACUUCAUCUCCAGAGCCUUCGCCACCAUGGGGGAGACUGUAAUGAGCGUCAAAAUUAUCCGAAACCGCCUCACCGGGAUCCCAGCUGGCUACUGCUUUGUAGAAUUCGCAGAUUUGGCCACAGCUGAGAAGUGUUUGCAUAAAAUUAAUGGGAAACCCCUUCCAGGAGCCACACCUGCGAAACGUUUUAAACUGAACUAUGCCACUUAUGGGAAACAACCAGAUAACAGCCCUGAGUAUUCCCUCUUUGUGGGGGACCUGACCCCAGACGUGGAUGAUGGCAUGCUGUAUGAAUUCUUCGUCAAAGUCUAUCCCUCCUGUCGGGGAGGCAAGGUGGUUUUGGACCAGACAGGCGUGUCUAAGGGUUAUGGUUUUGUGAAAUUCACAGAUGAACUGGAACAGAAACGAGCCCUGACGGAGUGCCAGGGAGCAGUGGGACUGGGGUCUAAACCUGUGCGGCUGAGCGUGGCAAUCCCUAAAGCGAGCCGUGUAAAGCCAGUGGAAUAUAGUCAGAUGUACAGUUAUAGCUACAACCAGUAUUACCAGCAGUACCAGAACUACUAUGCUCAGUGGGGCUAUGACCAGAACACAGGCAGCUACAGCUACAGUUACCCCCAGUAUGGCUAUACUCAGAGCACCAUGCAGACAUAUGAAGAAGUUGGAGAUGAUGCAUUGGAAGACCCCAUGCCACAGCUGGAUGUGACUGAGGCCAACAAGGAGUUCAUGGAACAGAGUGAGGAGCUGUAUGACGCUCUGAUGGACUGUCACUGGCAGCCCCUGGACACAGUGUCUUCAGAGAUCCCUGCCAUGAUGUAGCUAGGCCAAAGGACAAGCCAGGCUGCACGACGUGAGAUGAGAGACUCCUUUUAAAAAAGCCAGGUGCAGUGGCUCAUGCCUGUGAUUCCAGCACUUUGGGAAG